UAUAGAGAGAGAUGUCUACAGCUUCCCAAUGCACUCUCAACCAAAUCUUGUUCCAAGAUAUCUCAUCACACCACCACCACCAACAACAACAACUUGAUUUUCUCUGUGUUUCUUCUUCUUCUUCACCAUCAUCAACCAUUAACAAUACUGCUUCUCCUGCUACGACUAAUAUUACCACUACCCUUCCAUCUCAUAGGAAUGGGAAGAAGCGAAUAAUACUGAGAGAAGAAAAAGAAGAGGCGGCAGGGAAGAUAGUAAGAAGAUGAUGAUGAAGAAGAAGACAAGGAGGAAGGUGAGAGAGCCAAGGUUCAGCUUCAAGACUAUGAGUGAUGUUGAUGUAUUAGAUGAUGGUUAUAAAUGGAGAAAAUAUGGCCAAAAAGUUGUCAAGAACACCCACCAUCCCAGGAGUUAUUAUCGGUGCACCCAAGAUAAUUGUCGGGUCAAGAAACGGGUUGAAAGAUUAGUUGAGGAUCCAAGGAUGGUGAUAACAACAUACGAAGGUCGACAUGCUCACUCUCCAUCUCGCGAUGAGUGUCUUCAUCUAGAGCCGGAGGAAAUUCAGCUGAACGACAUUCACAUUGAAGAAAAUUGUGUAGUCCUGGACACGCUAAAACAAGUUCUUCUUCAGGUGGUCAAGCCUCGUAACGCGUAAUGGGAAGAUCUUAGGUGAACGGAGGGAGUAUUAAAUAAAUAGUAGUAAGAACCAAAUGUGCGCCAAGCUUAAGAUUCAAUUG